UUUGCGUCAUCAUUGUGCGCUUCGCUUUAGUAUUGUUCCCUGAUUGUUUAAAAACAUGUCGGUGAAUUAUGCAGCUGGUCUGUCCCAAUAUCCUGAUAAAGGGAAAUGCGGACUUCCUGAGGUUUUUGAUCCACCGCGAGAAUUGCAUCGGAAGGUGCAGAAGCUUGCUGAAAUGAUCCGAAAAGCCUCUUAUGUGGUAUUUCAUACUGGAGCAGGAAUCAGCACUUCUUGUGGGAUCCCUGAUUUUAGGGGCCCUAAAGGUGUGUGGACAUUGGAGGAGAAAGGUCUAAAUCCAAAUUUUGAUACAACAUUUGAAAAUGCUCGUCCGUCUAUAACGCAUAUGUCACUUCUACAACUGCAGAGAGUUGGUAUCUUGAAGUUUUUGAUCAGCCAAAAUGUGGAUGGUUUGCAUUUAAGGUCUGGAUUUCCCAGGGAAGAGCUUGCAGAGCUCCACGGCAACAUGUUUGUUGAGGAGUGCACCAAAUGUGGCAAGCAGUAUGUUCGAGACUGUGUGGUGGGAACCAUGGGAUUAAAACCUACUGGAAGACUUUGUGAUGUUUCCAAAGUUAGAGGUCUACGGUCAUGCAGAGGAAAGCUGAUCGAUACUAUUCUGGAUUGGGAGGAUUCUUUGCCUGAUAGAGACUUGAACUUAGCUGAUGAAGCCUGCAGAAAAGCAGAUUUGGCGAUAACACUUGGAACAUCACUUCAAAUUAAACCUAGUGGGAAUCUUCCUCUUGUAACCAAGCGUAAAGGUGGCAAGUUAGUCAUAGUAAACCUUCAGCCAACCAAACAUGACCGGCAUGCUGACUUGUGCAUCCAUGGUUAUGUCGAUGAGGUUAUGACACAGCUCAUGCAACAUCUAGAUAUUAAAAUCCCCAUAUGGACUGGCAUAUCUGUUAAAAUAGAAUCAAGCGAGCACAAUCUUAAAUCCGAAGUGGUGUCAAACUGUAAUGGAGACCUGGGUUCUUUAGAGUGCCAAAAGAGCAAGAGGGAAUGUUGUGUUGAGGAGGUUUCCAGUCUGCCGAAGCGAGCAAAAGUUGAAACGCCUUGUGUAUGACUGCAGU